CAUAAAUCCCAAUAUCCUCCGGCUCCUCUCCCGUCUGCCACAUAAUGAAGGCCUUCCAGAUUUCCCUUGCCGUCACCUUAGCAGUUCUCUUUUUCUUGUCUUCCAGUGAUGCCGCCUGCAUCUGCAACACCUCUACCCCUGGAACAUAUUGCGGUCAGUCUUCUUACGUCACUGGAUGCAUUCACGAAGUCGUUUAUAAAUGCAAUGGCGUCUAUGGGAGCCAAGGCUAUUACUAUGCGCGUUGCAGGAGAGGUUGCGUCCAUGGGUCGAUGUCUAACGACCACUGUCUGCGCUAAAUUUACC